AUGGCGGACGUCGAAAAGAGGAGUCCAUACCUCCAACGGCUGCAUAGCUGUGGUAAGCUUGACGAUAGAAACUCUGUGCUGGAAAGGCAGCUAACUGAGAAUGAGGUAAACAAAUCAGGUUCCGUCGACAAACUAGCCUCGACCAGAAAAAUUGUAGUUCGCAAGGCUGAGCUCAUGGCAAAACAAUAUGACACAUGGUAUUUGAAGGCAUUGUUUCUAUUCACGGCGUUCUUCUGUUCUUUUGCGUAUGGACUUGACAGCAUCAUCAGAGAUAUUUACAUGUCGUAUGCGCUGAACGACUAUGAAACACAAGCGCUCGUGUCGACGGUCAACGUAAUCAGUCUAGUCAUUUCUGCAGUCGGACAAAUUUUUUUCGCUGCUCUAUCUGAUAUUUUUGGUAGACUGUCAUUGUUUAUCGUGUCAAUUGUGUUUUACGUUGUGGGUACUGUCAUUCAAUCUCAAGCAUAUGAUGUUCAAAGAUACGCUGCAGGCUCAAUAUUUUACAACAUUGGACUCAUUGGUGCGUUAUUUCAAGUUGGAAUAAUUUUGUCAGAUGUUUCUUCAUUGAAGUGGAGACUUUUUUACAAUUUCGUUCCAGCCUGGCCGGCACUUGUCACCGUAUGGAUUUCAGGUAAUGUUAUACAAGUUGCUAACCCAUUAGAGCACUGGUCCUGGGGUAUUGCAAUGUGGGCCUUCAUUUUUCCGGCUUGUUGUAUUCCAAUGAUAGGCUGCAUGCUUCACAUGAGGUGGAAAGUUAGAAAUGAUCCCGAGUGGAUUGAGCUGCGUAAGGAAAAGUCGUACAUCCAGUCUCACGGUUUUGCACAAUUUCUUGUUGAGCUUUUUUGGCAGCUUGAUGUUGUAGGUGUUCUCCUUCUUACGGCCUCUACUGGAUGCAUUCUGGUUCCAUUAACAGUUGCUGGUGGUACAACUACGCAAUGGCGAACUGGCAAAAUUUUAGGCCCGUUUAUACUUGGUUUUGUCCUAAUUCCAUUCUUUGUGAUCUGGGAAGCCAAACUGUCACUGGUACCGCUAGCUCCGUUCAAGAUGUUGAGAGAUCGUGGAAUCUGGGCUCCUCUUUCUAUUAAUUUUUUGAUUGCAUUCAUUUAUUCGAUGGCUGCCGGUUAUCUUUAUAAUCUUCUGUUGGUGGCUUCUAACGAAACCGAUCUUGCAGCAACCAGAAUUGUGAGUCUUUACAGCUUCUCGGCGGCUAUUUGUUCACCAUUCGUGGGCAUAGCCGUAGCACGGUUUUCAAGGAUGAAACCAUUUGCUAUCGUAGGCUGCUCUCUUUAUUUCGUUACUAUGGCUCUCUUCUAUCACUACAGGGGUGGCGUCGAUAGUGGUAAAGGCAUAAUUGGGGCAAUGGUAAUAUGGGGUAUUACGAGUUGUUUUUACGAUUACCCUAUCAGUAUUAUAAUGCAAACUGUGACCUCUCAUGAACUGAUGGCAAAUGUAACGGCAUUGAAUUUGGCAAUUUUUAGAAUUGGUGGGGCCGUUGGGGCGGCCGUCUCGGGUGCGAUUUGGACCCAAAUAUUAUAUCCUCAGUUGCUCAAGGCCCUUGGAGAUCCAACCAUAGCUGAGUCGGCAUACAAUUCGCCCCUAAGCUUUAUUCUCGAAUAUGAAUGGGGCUCCCCUGUAAGAGAGGCGACAGUCGAAGCUUACAGGCACGUUCAAAAAUAUGAAGUUUUGGUGGGUCUCAUUUUUGUCGCGCCUAUGUUCAUCUUCACCUUCUUCUUGAGGGAUCCUAAAUUGACUGAUGAACACGGACAAACAUUGGAUAAAGAUGAAUAUGUAAAGGAAAACGAUGACCCUAUUACCGAAUGGAUCAUCAAACAUAUUUGGGGUUUUAGAAAAAGGCCUCUCGAUUGA